AUGCCUGUUGUUCAGGAAAUUGUCCAGAAUUCAGGUACAGGUUUUACUUCGAGUGCAGGACUGGCCCGGUUGGGCAAGGCCAGGGUUGCCUGGGGGGACGUUACUCAUCCCGGGUUCAGGGUGUGCAAAAGCAAUGGCUCGGCCGGGAACGGAGGGCGUGGGAAAGGCUAUUUCUCCUUUGGGGUAGGAGGCUUCAGUAGGGAUCACGCAGUCCCACUGGGCCCUGCACCCCCAGGAGCGCAGGCUCUGGAGUGCUACAGCUGUGUGCAGAAAGCAGAUGAUGGGUGCUCUCCGCAGAAGACCAAGACCGUGAAGUGCGCACCCGGUGUGGACGUCUGCACAGAGGCCGUGGGGGCGGUGGAGACCAGUGAGUGUGGGCCCCUGGUCCAGGCCGUCUGUCAACCUGUCCGCCCCCUCGGAGUAAGGCCUCUGAGGUUGCGCCCCUCUGUCUGUGAUUCUUUCCCCUGCAAUCUGCUCUUUCGGAGGCCCCAGCCCUCCGACUCUGGGCUGGCUAUCCUCGGGUGCGGAUCUACUGGAGGCCCCGCCCCUAAUGCCCCGCCCGCUGACCCCUCCCUUCCCCCUUCGGCAGUCCACGGACAGUUUUCAGUGGCAGUGAGGGGCUGCGGAUCGGGACUCCCGGGCAGGAAUGACCGCGGACUGGACCUGUACGGGAUGCUGGCCUUUAUCCAGCUGCAGCAGUGCUCCCAGGACCGCUGCAAUGCCAAGCUCAACCUCACCUCGCGAGUACUCCACCCCGCAGGCAAUGAGAGUGCAUCCGAGCCCAACGGUGUCGAGUGCUACAGCUGCGUGGGGCUGAGCCAUGAGGCGUGCCAGGGUACGGCGCCGCCUGUCGUGAGCUGCUACAACGCCAGCGACCGCGUCUACAAGGGCUGUUUUGAUGGCAACGUCACCUUGAUGGCAGCUAACGUGACUGUGGCCUUGCCUGUCCAGGACUGCAUCCUGGACGAUUUGUGCACCCGGGAUUCCGUGACAGGCCCAGAAUUUACCCUCAAAGGCUCCUGCUGCCAGAGAUCCCGCUGUAACUCCGACCUCCAAAACAAGACCUACUUCUCCCCGCGGCUCCCGCCCCUUGUCCUGAUGACGCCUCCUCAGCCCACCACUCUGGCCCCGACCACCUCUGUCACUACUUCCAUGCCACCCCCGACCACCCGCACCUCCACCUCGAAGCCCCCUCCGGCCCCAACCAGCCGGACUCCUCCACAGGAAGCAGAACCCGAGAUCUCCCAGGAUGAGGACUCCAGCGUGGCCGGAAGUGCUGCUGGCCACCAGGACCGUAGUAAUAUGGGGCAGUACCCCGCACAAGGUGGACCCCAUAACAAAGGCUCUGCAGCGCCUUCCGCUGUGUUGGCGGCCCUUCUGUUGGCUGUGGCUGCUGGCACCCUGCUUUGAGCUUCUCCACUGGGAAACCUCCCUCCUGUCCUAGUUCCCUGGCCCUGGGCACCUUCUCUUCCCAUACUUCCCUUUCCCACCACUGGGCUGGGCUGGCCCAGCCCCUGUUCUUCCAGUCUCCCCCAGCCUCCCCAGCUUCUGCUGCACUGGUUUGCGGCUUCGGGAAAUAAAAGUUACUGUUGUGUAUCUCCUGCCGGGUGUCCUAGCUUUUUGAGGGCAGUGAGUGGAUUCCCUUCAUCCUUGUCUCUCCCUCACCUCCACAUGGUGCCUGGAGCAGAGAGGUCAGAGCUGUCACAGGGAAGGUGUGAGAGGCAGUGCGAAGCCUCCUAUUUGCUUUCUCUCAGUCCAGCUGGAAUAUGGGGGGCAGCGAGGAUUUACAGUUCCUUCCUCUGAUGGCUGCUGCACCUGCACUCCGUCUUUGUGGGAAUUAUUUUGGCGUCUUCUUACUAGACUGUGAGCUCCUCAAGAGCAGGGACUGGGCCUUGUGCCUCCUUGUGGUCUCUUUCUGGCACAGAAAGGCCUCAAUAAAAAUUUAAUUACUUUG